UUUAUCAAUAUAUAUAUAACACAACGUUAUAUGUGAUCGACAUUUAAGGUCAUUCAGUGUUGACAUCAAUUAGUCUUUGAUUUUGCCAUUAAGUGAUAACUCAAGAGAUCACUCAUUUGGUUAUCAUUUAUACUAUAAUCGUAUCAAACAAUUAAACAAAGAUGUUGUCAAAUGUUAUGCGAUUGAGUCCAUCAUUUGCUCCCAUUUACCGAAACAGCGGACGACUAUUGUCGACAACACCGGUGACCUCUCAAUCUGAUCCAAUCCAGAAGUUAUUUGUCGACAAAAUACGUGAAUACAAUCAAAAGGCAAAGUCAACUGCAGAUGGAUUAGUUGAUGCAAAUGAACGAGUGAUGAAAGGACUUAAAGAAGACAUGGAUCGCGUGGCCAGAAGUUAUAACAUUAAAGAUGAAAACAAUUUGUCAAAUCUUAACCUCAAGUUUGAUGCAGAAAUCAAAUUGGAUUCAAUUAAUUUGAAAGACUAAUUGAUUACAAUCUUAAUUAACAAUUAUUUUAUUAGUAUUUGUCUCCAAAUUGAUUGACUUUAAUGUUUGAUUUUUAGUCAAUAUAUUAUAUAUGUCUAAAAAUUGUGUUUUUAG